AUGGAUCCUCACUUGAAGUUACAACUUUCUGAUGUCGAUUUGCUGCCAGAUGCUUCCAUUUACAGACGACUUAUUGGCUGUCUUCUGUACUUAAUAAUUUCACGCCCAGACAUCUCUUUUGCAGUGAAUAAGUUAAGUCAAUUUGUAUCACGCCCUUGCAAGAUUCAUUUGGCUGCUGUUUACCAUCUAUUACGUUACCUGUUUCUACCUGUUUCUUCUUCGUUUCAACUCCGAGCUUUUGCCGACUCCGAUUGGGCUUCUUGCCUUGAUUCACGGCGUUCCACUACGGGUUUUUGUGUCUUCUUAGGCGAUGCUUUAGUCUCUUGGAAGUCCAAAAAGCAAGCUACCAUUUCUCGUUCAUCUGCUGAAGCUGAAUAUCGAGCAUUAGCUGUGGCUACUUGUGAGUUAUUGUGGUUGUCUAGUCUUUUGUCUGAUUUACAGGCCCCGCCAGCUCUUUUGUUUUGCGAUAAUGAGGUUGCGGUUCAUAUUGCCUCUAAUCCUAUCUUUCAUGAGCGAACGAAACACAUUGAAUUGGAUUGUCAUUUUGUUCGGGACAAAAUCGUUGAUGGCUUCCUCAAACUUUUGCCUAUACGAACUCACUCCCAGCUUGCUGAUCCUUUUACCAAAGCACUUCCUGCACCUACUCUUUUCCUUUAUUAUCCAAGAUGGGUGUCUUAG